AUGAAUAUGCGUAGUUGGUGGGGAAAGGGCGGCUAUCCCUUGCAUGCUAAACACCUAGGAUAUGGCCUGGAUCAUGUAUUGAUAAGAGGACUGGUCCAGGCCGCCAUCAAGAUGAACGACUCAGAGUUUACGACUGACCUUCCUGAAAACGGAACGACAGAGACCUUCUACGAUUACUACACUUAUGAUAUUGAUGAAUCCAUUAACACAUUCUUUUGGGAUGAGCUGAUGCCUACCCUCAUCGUGUACUCCAUCACUUUGCUCAUCGGGAUCGCCGGCAACAGCCUCAUCAUCUUCACUAUCACCGUGUACAGGAGGAUGAAGAGUACCACCAACAUGUUUCUGGCCAGUCUUGCUUCGGCGGAUCUGCUCCUCAUCCUGAUUUGCAUUCCUGUUAAGGUAGGACAUAUUAAUAUCGCAUGUUUUGCUUAA